AUGCUAUCACGUCGCGCACUUUCGGAUGUAUGGUCGGGAGGUGCGGGCGCCGGUGGUGCAGGGGCAGCGCGCACUGAACGUUUCCUACACGUGGGGCAAGCGCUCAAGCUGGAUGCAGUACUGAGGGGAGAUGCUCCCACUAGUCUCGUUUCUACUGCUCCACUCCCAGCGACACCAGUAUGUGCCGAGCAAAUGACUGAAGGCAGACUUCUGCUAUCCACUACGUCCAACACUUAUAUUCUAGAAGGGCACUUGUUUUCUAUAGAGAGCGGCACGACCCGUGUGGUUCUGCGGUGGGAAGGCUGCGUGCGCGCAGCACGUGUAAGCGAGCGCGCCGGUCUGUUCAGAGUGGGGGCGCGCGCCAUCGGCGGUGGAUCUACUACAGGGGGCGCUGGAGGCACCGGUCUUUAUGCACUGCCUAUACAGGUAAAUUAUAUAUAAUAAAAAAUUGGCUAUCUGAAAGUCGGACUCGUGCACGAAGGGUUCCGUUCAGGAAACGAGCAAUAAAAAUCACGUUUGUUGUAUGGGAGCCCCAUUUAAUAUUAAUUUUAUUCUGACUUUUAGUAUUUGUUCUUGAAAUGGCAACAGAAAUACACCAUAGGUGAAAAUUUCAACUGUCUAACUAUCACGGUUCACGAGAUACAGCCUUAAUAAUAGGGUUCCCGUCUUACCCUUUGGGUGCGGAACCCAAAAAACUAUAGCCUCACAAAAUUUACGGGUUUGCUGCAGACGCAGUUUGAUCUCUAUUCUCUGGUCUGGUAUGGCACUGAAGAUAUAUAG